AUGUCAUCAACUUCUUCGAUCGACUCUGCUCCUUACCUACAUGCUAACAUAUUUUCACUAUUUAUUCAUCAUUGGGUGUCACCUUUAUUAAAGAAAAGUCGUAAACAAGGUACACUUUAUUUAGAUGAUCUUUAUGAUCUUCCUGAGUAUCUCAAAUCAUCAACACUUACGGAUAAACUUGAAGAGAAUUGGUUUAAUGAAAUCAAACGAAAUCCACAGAAACCCAGCUUAAUUCGAGCAACGUUACGUACUAUAGGAUGGAAGCCAUUUCUUCUUGGUUUUUUCGAAGUAUUAAACGGAUUGAUUCGAAUUGCUCAGCCAUUGUUAUUAACUUUUCUUAUGAGUUUCUUUGAACCAUGUUCUACAAUACCUGUUUGGCAAGCAUGGCUUUUUGCAAUAGCUACUAUUAUUGCUUCUUUGACUUCGGGUACUAUUUUUAAUCAGUAUAUUUAUAAAAUUGAUCUUAUCGCGGCACAAAUGCGUAUUGCUUAUUUGGGUUUAAUUUUUCGGAAAGUACUUCGUUUAUCAAGUCAUUCAAUGAAUAGUGUUAGUUCUGGUGAAAUUACCAAUUUAAUAUCAAACGAUGCUAAGCGAAUUGAAAAAGCUCUCUAUCUAUUCAAUUAUAUAUGGGUUGCACCGAUAGGAAUCAUUUCAAUUAGUUAUUUAUUCUGGUAUUUUGUAAAAUAUAUUGCGUUUAUUGCUAUUGGAUACACUUUAUUUCUAUUUUUUUUUCAAUCAUUCUAUGGUCGUAUUACUGUAUAUUUACGGACAAAAAUUGUCGAAAUAACGGAUGAACGUGUUAAAAUAAUGUCUGAAAUAAUCAAAUCAAUGCGUAUUGUCAAAAUGUAUUGUUGGGAAACAGCAUUGAUAAAAAAAAUAAAUCUUGUGAGAAAACGUGAAAUUAUUCAAUACAUGUUACUUGCAAUAUCUGAUUGUUUUCAAGCUUUACUUUUAUUAACUCAUAUUAGUUUAACAUUUUUAAUGAUGUAUGGAACAAUGUGGUCAUUUGAUUUAAGAUUUGAUACACGUUUUUUUGCUAUUUCAUCUUGUAUGCUAGGUUUUAUGAGAGUAUCUAUUAUUGAAUUUUUUUCCAGUGCUGUUCGUGAUUUAUCACAUUACUUGCCUGCUCAAAAACGUAUUGAAGCAUUUCUUUUACUUGAUGAAUCUGAACGAGAUCAUCGAUUAUUGUCAUCUUCUCAUUCGAAAGUUGAAUCAAUAGAUGAAAAUAAAUUAUUUAAUGAUAAGAAAGAAAAAAUGUCUUCUUGUCAAAAUGAAACAUUUUCAUUAAAAAAUAUCAUUUUCAAUGCUUAUCCAGGUGAUUUGAUAUGUGUCAUUGGACCAGUUGGAUCCGGCAAAAGUUCUCUUUUACAAGCAUUAACAGGUGAAAUAUCUUUUUUUGAUGGAAAAAUUCGAUUACAUGGAUCAUUUUGUUAUGUGCCUCAAGAGGCUUGGAUUUUUUCAUCGACAAUAAGAGAUAAUAUUCUUUUUGGGAAAGAAUAUAAUUCUAAAUUAUUUCAACGUGUCAUACGUGCUACUGCACUUGAUACAGAUUUUGAUCAAUUAGCUAAUGGUGCUAAAACCAUUGUCGGAGAUCAAGGUAUAAUGUUAUCUGGAGGACAAAAAGCACGUGUUAAUAUGGCACGAGCACUUUAUCGUAAUGCAGAUAUUUAUUUAUUAGAUGAUCCUCUUUCUGCUGUUGAUACUAAAGUUUCAAAACAUCUUUUUGAAAAAUCAAUUAAAGGUUAUCUUCAAGACAAAAUCUGUAUAUUAGUUACACAUCAAAUACAAUUUUUACAAGAUGCAACUAAAAUUAUUGUUCUUGACAAUGGUAGAAUGGCACAAAUGGGUACAUAUGUUGAAUUGCUUUCUUUAUCAUCAUCAUUUGCUCGUUUACUCGAAGAUAUUAAUCAACAUGGAGAAGAAUUUCGUGCAAAUAUUCAAAAACAACAAUCAGUUAUUAGUUCCAUACAAUCCGAAAAAGACGAUCAAGAAUAUUUAACAAAUUUGCAUACACAUAUUGAUAAAAAACAGAAAGGAAAAGUUCGAUGGCAUGUUUAUAAAUCAUAUUUACGAGCUGGUGUUGGUACACUCGUUGGAUUUUUUAUUAUAAUACUGAUUUUUACAGUACAACAAGCUAUAAUGAUGUAUAGUAGUUGGUGGUUAGCAUCAUGGAGUGAUGAUGAAAGUCACCGAUAUUCAUCAUUUAAUAAUUGUACAUCAAAAAAUAUUGAAAAAGUUAACAAUAUAAGUUUAAUGAAUGAUGUUGAAUGGAAUGUAUAUCGUAAUCGAAGAUUUUAUAUCUAUUGCAUACUUUUCGGCAUUCUCUUCUUAUUGUCGUUUCUUCGUAUUAUUGCUGCGAAAUUAAUGUGUUUAAAUGCUGGGCGAAUUCUUCAUAACAGAAUGUUUCAACGAAUAAUUCGAUGUCCAAUUAAUUUUUUUGAUACUAAUCCUGUUGGUCGAAUUUUAAAUCGUUUUACAAAUGAUGUAAAUGUCAUGGAUGAACAAUUGCCAGAGGAUCUUCCCGACUUUUUCGAUUGUGUAUUUGCAGUUUUAGGCACAGUCAUGUUAGUUUGUAUACUAAAUCCUUGGUCAUUUAUACCAGCUGGAAUAGGAUUAUGUAGUAUGUUAAUAAUACGACAUCGUUUUGCUCAAUGUUCUCGUGAUCUAAAACGACUUGAUGGAACAACAAGAAGUCCAAUCUAUUCACAUUUAACAUCAACUAUUAAUGGUUUAAAAGUUAUUCGAUCUUAUCAUGUUGAACAAAUGUGUUCUAAUGAAUUUCUUCAUCAUAUUGAUAAUCAUACACGUGUUCAUUAUUUAAUUCUUACAACUAAUCGUUGGGCAGCAAUACGUUUUAACUGGAUAUCAUUUAUUUUUCUUGCUCUUGUUACAUUUUUAGCUUUAAUUAUACGUAUUUACAAACAAGAAUUUUCAACAGCAGAUAUUGCUUUAACACUGUCUUAUUGUCUUAAUUUGAUGGGUCUUUUUCAAUGGACUGUCAGAAUGACAGUAUACAUUGAAACAGACAUGACCGCUGUUGAACGAGUAUUAGAAUAUUGUUCACUUGAUCAAGAACCACCUGCUCAAGUAUCAGUUAAGAAUCGACCACCAUCUAAUUGGCCAUCACAUGGUUGUAUUGUAUUUGAAAAUGUUUCUAUGUCUUAUUCAAAUGAUGAAGAUGCAUCAUUUGCUUUACAUAAUAUAUCAUUGACAAUUAAAGGGGGUGAAAAAGUGGGUAUUAUUGGAAGAACAGGUGCUGGAAAAAGUUCUUUUAUUCAAAUACUUUUUCGUAUGGGUAUACUUAUUGAUGGUCAAAUUCGAAUUGAUGAUAUUAAUAUCGAAAAUAUUGGAUUAGAUGAUGUACGAAGUCGAAUUUCAAUUAUUCCACAAGAUCCUGUUCUUUUUUCUGGUACAAUUCGAAGUAAUCUUGAUCCAUUUAAUAAUUAUUCUGAUGAUGAUAUAUGGAAUGCACUUGAACAAGUACAAUUAAAAACAUUAGUUACUGAUAUUAUGUUAAAUGGACUUGAUUCACUAGUUAAUGAAAGUGGAUCUAAUUUAAGUGUUGGACAAAAACAAAUAAUUUGUUUAGCACGAGCUAUUUUAAAACAAUGUAAAAUACUUGUUAUUGAUGAAGCAACUGCAAAUGUUGAUAAUGCUACAGAUGAAUUAAUACAAAAAGCUAUUCGAGAAAUAUUUAAACAAUGUACUGUAUUAACAGUAGCUCAUCGAUUACGUACAGUAAUUGAUAGUGAUCGUAUUAUGGUACUUGGUAAUGGAGAAUUACUUGAAUUCGAUACACCACAAGCAUUACUUUCGAAUUCAAAAUCACAUUUUACGACACUUAUUGAACAAACUGGUUCAGCUGAAGCUCAAUAUCUUCGAACAUUAGUUAAUACACCAGGUAGAAAUACAAGAUGUAACACUUUAAAUGUAGAUAUUGAUGAAGAAUUACCAUUAGAUUCUAACGAAAAUGAUCCUCUUCUGAAAUGA